AGACCCGCCAAAGAAAGAACCCAUCAACAAUUCAGCAAGCUCGAGAACAGAGUACCAGCAGAAACCACGACAACCCCAAUUCGCAACGCACACAAGAUCAAGAUGGCGAGCAAGCAAUGGACGCGGGUGCGCACGCUCGGCCGCGGCGCCUCGGGGGCCGAGGUGUUCCUCGCCGCGGACGACGCCUCCGGGGAGCUCUUCGCGGUCAAGUCCGCCACGGCGGCGUGCGCCUCGGCUCUUAAGAGGGAGGAGGGCCUCCUGUGCUGCCUGCGCUCCCCGCGCGUCGUCUCCUGCAUCGGCGGCCGCGCCGCCCGCGACGGCUCCUACCAGCUCUUCCUCGAGUUCGCCCCGGGAGGCUCGCUGGCGGACCGGUCGGCGAUCGACGGGGGGCUCGACGAGCGCGCCGUCCGCGGGUACGCCGCAGACGUGGCGGCCGGGCUCGCGUACCUUCACGGCGCCGGGAUGGUGCACGGGGACGUCAAGGCCAGGAACGUCGUGAUCGGCGCCGACGGCCGCGCCAAGCUCGCGGACUUCGGCUGCGCGAGGAAAGUGGGCGCUGGCGUGCCGAUCAUCGGCGGCACGCCCGCGUUCAUGGCGCCGGAGGUGGCGCGCGGCGAGGAGCAGGGCCCCGCGGCCGACGUCUGGGCGCUCGGCUGCACGGUCGUCGAGAUGGCCACCGGCCGCGCCCCGUGGAACGGCAUGGACGGCGACGCGCUCGCCGCGCUGCACCGGAUCGGGUACACGGAGGCCGUCCCAGAGGUGCCCCAAUGGCUGUCCGCCGAGGCCAAGGACUUUCUGCGCGGGUGCUUGGUCAGGCAUGCCAGCGACCGGUGCACCGCGGCGCAGCUCCUGGAGCACCCGUUCUUGGCCUCCGCCGUGGUCGACGCGAAGCCGCAAGCCAUGGAGAGCAAAUGGGUGUCGCCCAAGAGCACGCUAGACGCGGCAUUAUGGGAGUCGGAGUCCGACACCGAGGAGCCGGAGCAGGACAGCACCGAGAGGAGGAUCAGAGCAUUGGCCAGCCCUGCCUCGGCGCUCCCGGACUGGGACUCGGACGAGGGCUGGAUCGACGUGCUCUCCGCGCCAACCGAAGCAGCGGACGCAGUUGCCGUGCCGACCAAGGAGACGACUGGCAUAACCGUGGACGACGGGAUCACAAGUGAAGAAAAAUCAGUAGAUGCAGAGUCCGGCUUUCCCGACAUUGCCGUUGACGUAGAACACAGCAGCUUCCUCAACGGAGGAGAUGCAUUUGAAGACGAUCCAGUAGGGCACCGUAGGCAUUAUCAGUCUUUGGAGAAUUUAGCUUCUCACCAACCGAUGUCAUGUAAAUUGUUACUAGUACAAACAGUACUGUUUUGCAACAUAAUCGAUUUCGUUCUUACACAGCCAGCAUCCCGCUUCGCGCUGCUCCUCUGUUUUUUUCUCAGCUCAUACUUCUGCUCCCCGUUGCGACGUGCAGUAACUAACAGCUCAUACUUCAACUCGAAGAACAAUUAG